UCCUCUUCCGUCAAAAUUCGAACCCACGCCCCACUCCUCUCCCCUUCUUCUCCACUCCAACCCCAAAAUCCUACCAACCCUCUCUCCGCUCCCCCACCACCCCACCAGCCAGCUCGCCGCCGGCCAUGGCGUCAGCUUUCUUCAACGGAGCCAUGUACGCCGGUGGAUGGAUGCAGCACAUGCUCUUCGAGGCGGCUCACAACGGCGACCUCGACCUCGUCAGGGGGAUGGCGAUGCUGCUGGUUGAAGGGAGGGGGCGGCUCGGGGAGGCGGUGCAGGCGGCGAGGCUGCGGGGGACGGGGCCGUUGGACGGGAUGGGGGCGCUGCACAUCGCCGCCAGCAAAGGGAGGCUGGAGGUGUGCCGCUACCUCGUCGAGGAGCUGCGGCUGGACGUGGAUGACACUGACCAGGAAGGUAGGACUCCUCUGAUUAUUGCAAUAGUCUUCAAUCAUGUAAGCACUGUCGAGUAUCUUCUUGAUCGUGGUGCCGACGCAAACAAAGCCAGCCAUAACGGCCUCACCCCUAUACAUUUCGCCAUUUGUUUAGGAGAAUGUGGAAUGGUACAGCUAUUACUUGCAAAAGGAGCUUGUGUGGACCCAGUAGCUUACUGUGGGACACCACUUCAUGUUGCUGCUACUGAAGGGCGAGAUGGUGCUAUGAAGAUUUUAUUGGACCACAAUGCAGAUUUUAACAAGAUGGUAGAUGGUCUGACACCUCUUGAUACUGCUAUGGAUUCUGGUGAAUUAAAAUGCAUAAAUCUCCUGAUUAAGGUUGGUGCUGUUGUCAGUGAAGAUCGCAUGUUAACUGCUGAAAACAGUGGUUCUACAGAGUGCUUCAAUUACUUAAUGGAAGAGACUGGUGCCAACUGUAACAUUUCUGAUAAUGGUGAGCCUGUCAAUAAAAGGAAAGCAACAGAUUUAAAGUCACUGGGUAAUAAGGCUGUCGAGAAAAAGGAUUAUCUAUCUGCAACAGGAUUCUACAGUAAGGCACUGUACCUUUACCCUGAUGAUGCUACCUUGUUCUCAAAUAGGAGCCUUUGCUGGCAUCGCAUGGGUGAUGGAGGCAAGGCUUUGCUGGAUGCUCAUGAAUGUAGGAAGUUGCGGUCUGACUGGCCAAAGGCCUACUACCGGCUGGGUGCUGCUCUGAUGUUACUGAAGGACUAUGAGAGUGCUUGCGAAGCACUUUACAAUGGAUUCAAGUUGGAUCCAGGGAACUCUGAGAUUGAGGAUGCAUUUCGGGAAGCUCUGGAGUCCUUGAAGACAUCUGCAAGCACGGAGGCUAGGUGAAACAUCAUGGGUGUUGCAAAGGGGGGCAAAGAGUUCUGGUCCUCCUCCACGUUGUCCACAGGCGUCUCACCUUUUGCACAGAAGAGCCUUUAGUUCGCUGAAUCCACAGGUUUUGCGUUAUCAGCUUUUGCACAGAGACUUCGAUACCCAGAAUGGGCUAUCUCCUUUUUUUUCUUUAUCUUUUUUUUCUUUCUUUUUUUUUUUGUGUAAGUCGAGCUAAGUAGCCAACGGGUGGACGACUGCUGAACAUCACGGUGUUUCAAGUCCAUAACUCUGACGAGCAUUACGAAGUUAAUCUUGUGCCCUGGGGUUAGCAUCUGGAAAAUAUUCGAAUUGGUAGCUGGAAUGUAUGAAUACCAGAGAUGUACUGGAUGUUCUUAUGACAAUUUUAUUUAAGACUGAAUGUUCUUAUGACAUGUUUGAGUUGAUAAAA